GCGAGGGCAGACAGGCAGCGCGCGCGGCGGGCUGCAGGCAGCGACCUGUCUCUUUAAGUCGGUGUCAAAGCCGAUUACCGCUGAUCUCCGCCGUGAUUCGGUUUGCACCGUCUGUUCCCUCAGUCUAUUUCUGUCUCCGCGGUGCUGCCGGGACGACGAGCUUUCUUCUGUUUUGAUACGUUUCCGUCGCUCAGGUAGAGUAACGACCGAGGGCUCGAGCGCUAGCUAAAACUACUCGCAGAAAAAGUUUGGAGCACGGGAGCGUCGUGGAGUGUUUCCUGCGGGCUUUGCUUUGUGAGAAAGCCCCGACGUUAAAGCCCCAGUUUGCCGGUGAGCUGAGUGUCUUUCCAACUUUUUUCUACCGCGGUAAGCCUGGAUUACUUUCCCUGCUACCGGAGAUAUAUGAACCGCUUUCUCUCUGCUCAUAACGCCAGUGACAGAAAACCGGGAGAUGCAGUGAUGCCUCGGGUUACUGUUUGAAGUUGGCACCAAAAUUAAAAAUAAAAACCCAAAUCCGGUUGGACAUAAGAUGCAGAAGGGCGUGCGGUACAACGAGGGCCACGCUCUGUAUCUGUCGGUGGUUGCGCGUAAAGAGGGCUCCAAGCGCGGCUUCCUGAGCAAGAAGACCACGGAGAUCAGCCGCUGGACCGAGAAGUACUUCGCUCUCUACCAGAACGUGCUCUUCUACUUUGAGAACGACCAGAGCACGAGGCCCUCUGGGAUAUACCUACUGGAGGGAUGCACGUGCGAGCGGGCACCUGCACCCAAGGUCUCCGCCAUCAGCAAGGAGCCCAUGGAGAAACAGCAGCACUAUUUCCUGGUGAUUUUUGGCCACGAUGGACAGAAACCUUUGGAGCUGCGGACGGAGGAAGAGUCGGACUGCAACGAGUGGGUGGAGUACAUCCAGCAGGCUAGUUACUCUGACAUUAUCAUCGAGCGUGAGAUUCUGAUGCAGAAGUACAUCCACCUGGUCCAGAUCAUGGAGACGGAGAAGAUCGCAGCCAAUCAGCUCCGCACCCAGUUGGAGGACCAGGACACGGAGAUCGAGAGGCUCAAAGCUGAGAUUGUUGUGUUGAACAAAACCAAAGAGCGGAUGCGGCCGUACCACAACAACCAAGAGGAGGAGGACCCAGAUAUCAAAAAGAUCAAAAAGGUACAAAGCUUCAUGCGUGGCUGGCUGUGCCGGAGGAAGUGGAAGAUCAUCGUCCAGGACUACAUCAGCUCGCCUCACGCCGAGAGCAUGCGGAAGAGGAACCAGAUUGUCUUCAACAUGGUGGAAGCGGAGACCGAAUACGUCCACCAGCUCUCCAUCCUGGUGAACUGUUUCCUGCGUCCGCUGCGCAUGGCCGCCAGCUCCAAGAAACCUCCCAUCAGCCACGAUGACGUCAGCACCAUAUUCCUCAACAGUGAGACCAUCAUGUUUCUGCACGAGAUCUUCCAUCAGGGUCUUAACGCUCGGAUCGCCAACUGGCCCACACUAGUCCUGGCGGACCUGUUUGACAUCCUGCUGCCGAUGCUGAACAUCUACCAGGAGUUUGUGCGUAACCACCAGUACAGUCUGCAGGUCCUGGCCAACUGUAAGCAGAACAGAGACUUCGACAAGCUGCUGAAGCAGUACGAAUCCAACGCUGCCUGUGAGGGACGCAUGUUGGAGACGUUCCUCACUUAUCCCAUGUUCCAGAUUCCACGCUACAUCAUCACUCUUCAUGAGCUGCUGGCUCACACACCUCAUGAGCAUGUCGAGCGCAAGAGUAUGGAGUUUGCCAAAUCCAAACUGGAGGAGCUUUCCAAGAUGAUGCAUGAUGAAGUGAGCGACACCGAGAACAUCCGGAAGAAUCUGGCCAUCGAGAGGAUGAUCGUCGAGGGCUGUGACAUCCUGUUGGACACGAGUCAGACCUUCGUCAGACAAGGCUCUCUUAUCCAGCUGCCGUCCAGCAGCGAGCGGGGCAUGCUCAGUAAAGUCCGCCUGGGCUCGCUCACACUGAGGAAGGAAGGAGAGCGGCAGUGUUUCCUGUUCACCAAACACUUCCUCAUCUGCUCACGGACAUCUGGAGGAAAGCUUCACCUGCUGAAGCAAGGAGGCACGUUGUCUCUGAUCGAGUGCACUCUCAUCGAAGAACUAGAUGCCAAUGAUGAAGACUACAAUGCAGCAGGUCAAGGCUUCAACCACCUGGAGUUCAAGAUUGUGGUGGAGCCUCCGGAUGGUCAGUCCUUCUCCGUCGUUCUCCUGGCUCCUUCUCGCCAAGAAAAGGCUGCCUGGACCAGCGACAUCAGCCAGUGCAUUGAUAAUAUCCGAUGUAACGGCCUGAUGACCAGCGUGUUUGAGGAGAACUCCAAAGUUUCGGUGCCGCACAUGAUCAAGUCUGACACCCGUUUGCAUAAAGACGACGUUGACAUUUGCUUCAGCAAGACGCUCAACUCCUGCAAGGUCCCUCAGAUCCGAUAUGCCAGCGUGGAGCGUCUCCUGGAACGACUGACGGACCUGAGAUUCCUCUCCAUAGAUUUCCUCAACACCUUCCUCCACACGUACAGGAUCUUCACCACAGCGGCCGUGGUCAUCGACAAGCUGGCGGACAUCUACAAGAAGCCGUUUACCUCCAUACCUGUCAGGAUCGAGCAACAUUCGUGCGAUCGUCUGUCCAUCAUGUCCCUCUGUCCUGACUACAGUCUGAAGAUCACACAGCUUGCACUGGACCAGUCCAAGUCUCUGGAGCUCUUCUUCGCCACCAACCAGAGCUCGUGGGCGACGGACCCCUUGAACAACAAAUCCCCGAGGCUGUGCCGCAAGUUUUCCUCUCCUCCUCCUCUCACCAUCCCCUCUCGCACCGUCUCCCCCGUCCACUCCCGCAAGCUCUCCCUCAGUUCCCCCAUCGGUGGGAAAGCCGGAGCGUUGGACCUUUCCACCACCCCCACCUCCUCUGCAGCCAGCUCCCCCACCUCCAGCCACAGCCCCUCCAUCUCCUCUCCUCCCCCUACCUCCACCAGGGCCCCCUCUGGCUUCUCCUCUCCUCCACCCACCGCCACGCGCUCUCCCAGCCUCCCCCAGGCCUCUGGGGUGUCCUCGCCGCCCCCCACCUCCACCAAGGCCCCCCUGGACCUCAGCCGCGGUUCCAGCUCGCCAGAGCUGAGCCCAGCUGAAGGGGAGGACGUCAGCGGAGAGCUGCCUCGCAUCGACGCCUUCUGUGGGAAGCUGAGGCGCAGCAUCCGCAGGGCUGUCCUGGAGUCAGUUUCUCUGGACAAGUUUCUUCCUGAAUCCCUGGCCAGCAGCGAGCCGGGCGACAUGUCUCCCUGUCGCUCGCCGUCAACGCCGAGGCAUCUCCGCUACAGACAGUCGGGAGUCACACCGGGGGAGAACUCUGCACGCUGCACGAUGUCGCCGGCUUCAGCGUUUGCGAUCGCCACUGCUGCUGCCGGGCACAGCAGCUCCCAGGGUUUUAGUAAUUCAGAAAAAGUCUGUGACAAAGAAUUCAUCAUCCGGAGAGCUGCUACCAACCGAGUCCUCAACGUGCUGCGACACUGGGUCUCCAAACACUCGCAGGACGCAUGCAGAAAGGACUUUGACAUGAACAGUGAGCUGAAGAUGGGGGUGAUCGGUCUGUUGGAAGAGGUGCUACGAGAUCCAGACCUGCUGCCUCAGGAGAGGAAAGCAACAUCAAACAUAUUAAGCAGUGCCCUUUCUCAAGAAGAACAAGAUGAUGCUCAGCUGAAGAUAGAGGACAUAUUACAGAUGACAAGCUGUCCCCUACUACACUUCAUCGUGGUGGAGAGUCCGAAGGCCGAGUGUUUUGAGUCUCUCUCAGCCAUGGAGCUGGCAGAGCAGAUCACACUCCUGGAUCACAUCGUGUUCAGGAGUAUUCCCUACGAGGAGUUCCUCGGUCAGGGCUGGAUGAAGGUCGACAAGACCGAGAGGACGCCGUACAUCAUGAAGACCAGCCAGCAUUUUAAUGACAUGAGUAACCUUGUGGCGUCUCAGAUAAUGACCCACACUGACGUGGGCUCCAGGGCCAGCUCCAUAGAGAAGUGGCUAGCGGUGGCCGAUAUCUGCCGCUGCCUCAACAACUACAACGGCGUGCUGGAGAUCACCUCGGCUCUCAACCGCAGCGCCAUCUUCAGGCUGAAGAAGACCUGGGCAAAAGUCUGCAAACAGACAAAGGCGCUCAUGGACCGCCUGCAGAAGACGGUGUCAUCAGAAGGGAGGUUCAAGAAUCUCAGAGAGACACUGAAAAACUGUAACCCUCCAUGCGUCCCAUACCUGGGCAUGUACCUCACUGACCUGGCUUUCAUUGAGGAGGGAACACCCAACUUCACAGAGGAGGGCCUGGUUAACUUCUCCAAGAUGAGGAUGAUUUCUCAUAUUAUCCGGGAGAUUCGUCAGUUCCAGCAAGCACCUUACAGGAUAGAGCACCAACCAAAAGUGACUCAGUUCCUCCUGGAUAAGACACUAGUGAUGGAUGAAGAUGCCCUUUAUGAGCUCUCACUGAAGAUCGAACCUCGAGUACCACCUGGUUAACAUUUCACACACAAACAUAUUCACACAGACGUGAUAUACAAAAUAUAUCCAUCUAACAAUAUCAGUGAUUAACGCAACUUGAGAUUCUUUCUUAAUAAAGCAGGGGUUGUUUUAUGAAACACCACCAGUUAUUGUGCUAAGGAAACUCAGAAGAAAAUGUGCCUUUUUGUGUAAAUAUCUGAUGUGUAUAUUUAGUAAACAGAAUGAACUGUAUAACAUACACAACUCUGCCAUACAAUCGUACAGUUAUGACUGUAGAAACAACCAUGUUAGCUAGCCAAACAUUGCACUAGUAAGUAACAGUUGCUGCUGUCACAUUGUAAAUAUCAAACAAUCUGCCUCUUGUAGUCUUGCACGUAAACAUUGUCAGAUGAGUUUUACAUUAAUUAUGUAAUUAUAGCUGGAUUAACCUGCUUGUCCAUAGAGAGGCAAAGUCCUUCCUAUACUGGUGGACCCCCAUGGGACCUUAUUUAGUAAAAAAAUAUGUACGGUAGUGAACGGCGAGAAAUAAAUAAAUACAUAUUUGAUCCCAUUUGAAUUGAGCCAUGAAUUACACAUAUGUUUGUCAAUUAAAAAGAUAUUUUUUAAAUCAAGAUCUGUCGAAAAACUGAAGUAUAAGACUGAAAAUACAUAAUUAAAUACGUAAUUAGAAAGACUAAUCAUCCCAAAGUAAGUGAUGUCUUGCUGAAGCUACAGUGUCUGUGUUGUGUACUGGGAUGUAACUUAAACAAACAGGUCUUGCUCAUUCUUUCUCUUCCCGGCUGAUGAAAAGAUGCCGGAUAAAACACAUCAGGUAAAAUAAUGUUACAUCUGUUGUGUAUCAGAGCUAAGUUAGCUAGCUAGCGAGCAAGCCGAGCAGUUGGCAAGGUUACGUAUAUUGUCACAAUAUACGUAACCUUGAGGUGAGAUAUGUAGUUCACUGAGCGGUUUCACUACCUCAAACCUACAACAAACUGACUGUGUAAUUCAUGGCUCAAUUUAAAUAGGCUCAAAAAAGUAUUAUUUCUUUAUUUAUUUUUUUACAUAAUUAGGUCCCAUUGGGUCCACCGGAAGUAGAGGGACUUGGCCUCUUUAUUGGGCCCCAAGGUUUGCUGUGUGGUUUCCAAAUUAUUUUUGAAAUAUGCGCUAUUUACACAAAGCCUCUGCACAGGAUAUACAAAGAGAACUGGACGCUGUGCCAGUGAAAGUUGCUCUCUGGAAGCAUAGGCAGAAAAAAUGUUUUGGCCUCUUGGGGGCAGCGCUACAAGCUGUAAACACAACAUUGACAUAUUAUCAUCUCAAGUAGAUAUGGUCUCAGUGCUGAAGAAAGGUCUGGCUGAACCUAUCGUAAUUCUAGGAGAAAAAAACACUUUAAGUUGUUUGUAUUUCUUUCAACCAAUCACAAUCGUCUUGGGCGGCAUUAAACUCCGGAUGCAGUGACCGGAACAUUUGCACGUGGGGAGGCGAACCCUGUCAUUAAAAUGGCUAAAUCCCUACAAAAGAAAAUGCUACAACUUUUCGAGCCCUAGAGGUGAAGCCUGCCUAAACUUCAGCUCAGGAGGAGCUCACUGGACUUAUGGUGCGUUCCAUUUACCUCGGAAGCCGGAGCUGGGAAUGGCGUCACACCCAAGUUAGUCUCUCUUUGCCAGACCUUCCUCAACAGUGCUGCGAAGGAGGGUCCGGCUAGUCCUCACAGCAUUCCGAUAUGGGAGAAAAAAGUGCUCUGGUUUAUUGGUCAUUUCUUUAAAUCAAUUAAUCGUCAUGGGCGGCACUAAGCACCGGGAAAAGCCACGGUCCUGCUGCUAAAUAGCCUCUGGAAGGAACUUGUUUUGGUGGAACAUGUGUACGUUCAAAAGUAGUUUUCGUCGUGCAACA